GACGCUUGGUCUGUGACGGACUCCGGGUGCUCUCUUGACCUGGCACUCGAUCGUCACCAAGGCACUCGUCUGCUGCCAAACCUAACGCGGGAGUUCUUGGGCUAAUCAAUGAUGGAGCACGGAGAUGUGAGAUUGCUACUGAAUCUGCUGUUGCAGGGUGAGCGACAAACGAGGCAGCUCAUGGAGGCUUCUGCUGCUUCCUCCCCCUCCGUCAAUGAGGAAAGCAGAGCUCGACUGCAGCAGAUAAGAUCAAGCUUGGAGAAUGCUAUUGCCAUGGCGAAGCUGAUCUCACGCCCUGAGGGGACGCACCGCCUGAUUUCGUUGCCCGUGGCGGCAUCCGAUUCCCCGCCGCCGUCCAACAGCGGCAGCCCGAGGAGUGAGAGCCCGGAGAGGGUGGUCAAGGAGCAUGAACGCAGGGAGAUGUGCAAGAAUAAGAAAGAUUUACCGAAAUGGAAGAGACAAGUUCGAGUUACUACCGACAGCGGUGGAUUGGCCGAGGGAUUGGAAGAUGGAUGUAGCUGGAGGAAGUAUGGGCAGAAGGAAAUCCUUGGAGCCGUGCAUCCAAGAGGCUACUAUAGAUGCACUCACCGGAACACUGCCGGCUGCCUUGCUACAAAGCAAGUGCAGAGAUCCGACGAUGACCCCUGCGUCUUCGACAUCACUUACCGGGGCCAGCACACUUGCCUGCAGAUGCUGCAAGAACCUCCAAUUCCUGCACCAGAUCAGCUCUAUGACACAGGACGCCCUCGCCAUGAGCAGCAGAAACAAACCAUGGCAUUUUCCUUCUCCUUCCCUUACGACUCCACCCCAAUCACUGGCCCUUCCACUCAAAAUCUCAUAUUAUCAUCAACAACAGCCUCAGAGAACAGUGGCUACAUGGGGAGCUUCCCUUUACCGUUCACUUCGCCUGCUACCUCCAAUUUCUUCCCGUCUCACGUUGUAGCUCCGAAUGCUUCGGAGUCAGAGCUCACCGGGACUGUGUCUGCUGCGGCUUCCACCGUCAAUUCGCUGAAUAUAAACCCGAGUUUCACGUUGAAUCGUGUGGAGUUUGAUCCGGUUUUUCCUUCUGAUCCUUCUAACUUUCUCGGAUGAAGUGUCGAUUAACUUGAAGUGUUCUAUCUAGUGCUGCUCGUCGGAGCUUUGUCGAUUUAAUUUUCUGUAAUUUACUAAAAGACGUAUCUAAAUUUAUCAAAGUCAGCAUACUACUUUAAUUUAUUAUUUAUCAAAAGAUGUAUUUUUUUAUAG